AUGUUGGUGGAACACAUACCAAUUUUUAUUGUCCCACCAAUUCACUGGGACAGGCUGCCCCAAGCGCAGGUUGUGCUGCAGCACGUCCAUGGUUUAUUGAUAAACAAGUGGGAACGAAGCCAGAGUUGGUGGAAGCUGGCAUACAAGAUUGAUGACAUUGUCAAAGCUGUUGGUAACUGCAGCUACAACCAACUAGUGGAGAAGAUCAUCUCCUGUAAGCAGUCAGACAAUAGUGAGCUGGUUAGCGAAGGCUUUGUUGCGGAGCAGUUUCUAAAUAACACAGCCACUCAACUGACAUACCAUGGAUUGUGUGAACUAACUUCAACGGUUCAGGAAGGAGAACUUUGUGUGUUUUUUCGGAAUAAUCAUUUUAGCACCAUGACCAAAUACAAGGGUCAGUUGUAUUUGUUGGUAACAGACCAGGGGUUUCUUACAGAAGAAAAAAUUGUUUGGGAAAGCCUACACAAUGUAGAUGGUGAUGGAAAUUUCUGUGAUUCAGAAUUUCAUCUUCGGCCUCCUUCAGAUCCUGAAACUGUAUACAAAGGACAGCAAGAUCAGAUAGAUCAGGACUAUCUCAUGGCAUUAUCUCUACAACAAGAGCAGCAGAGUCAAGAGAUCAAUUGGGAACAAAUCCCAGAAGGACUCAGUGACUUGGAACUAGCAAAGAAGCUGCAAGAGGAAGAGGAUAGGCGGGCUUCCCAGUACUAUCAGGAACAAGAGCAGGCAGCAGCAGCUGCAGCCGCUGCUUCUACACAGGCCCAGAUAUCUGUUGCUUCUAAACUACUGAAAACUUCCACUGUAAAGCAUUUGGAUUGCUCAUCAAGUAUGUGGGAAUGUGAAAUCUUCCUCCUUGCUCUUGGCUUGGAGAAGCCCAUCUUCUUUUAUCAAAUGUCAAAAUCUGGAUUUCACCACAGAUUCUGAGUCAGACAGAUCUCUCGUAGCCAGUGCCCUCAAUCUUAAUGGCUACUCUCAACGUGUCAGGCUACUCUCAACAUCAGUGUCAAAAUCUCAGGUGGAUUUGCCAAAUUUCCUAAACUUGAAAAAGCUGUAACCAUGGCAACCUGAGGAAGAAAGAAAUAACUACAGACGGCAUCUUCAGACUGUACCCGAUUUUAGAAAUCAGCUGUCCAUGGAGCUCAGUGCGAUGAAGAUGUGCGAUGCAUCUGGACACCUCUGUGCUCGAAGACAUAGUUACAAUGCCAUAGCAUUUUGCACCAGGACUUCGAGCAUUUGUAACUACCUUUGCACUUAAAACCUAUAAUGAGAUGGACUUCAGAAGGUUUUACAACUUUACAAUUACACACAUUUCUAAACAAGUGAAACUUCAAAACUAAGACUAUUCAAAUUAUAGGACACAGUCAAGAUAAGAUAAUAAUACAGGAUGUUAUUCUAUUUCAUAGUAUUGUGUACUUAGUAAGUAUUUAGGGGAAGAAUUUAAAGUGUCAAAAAGCAAUUUAAAGGGCUGGAAACAUGGCUCAAGUGGUAGAGGCGUGAAUUCAAACCUCAGAAUCACCCCCACCGCCAAAAAAAGGGCAAUUUAACUUAUUUUUUUACAAAUCUGUCUCUCCACCCCAAUAUACAGUCAAAACAAUUUAUCACAUCAAUGAAAUAAUGAUGAAAUAAUGGUAUAAUUAACAAAGGCAAAGAAAAUGGAUUUGAGCCAAAAUUUCCUUAUGAUAGGCACACCCUGAAUUUCUUAGAGAAAAUAAGGUUAAGUUCUAGAUAAUUUAUAGGUGAGUGUUAAUACUUCCUGUAAGUCACUUUGUAUUUCAAAAAAUGAGUAAAGAACCAAGCAUAUGUUAAAUAAAAAAGACUUAAAGCUAUACCUAAAAAAUACAUGACAAAACU